AUGGUCCUUUGCCUUACCGGGAAACUGGGGAGAGGAUCGGAGACGGGGACAAUUUCCAAACGUAAAAUGGCCGCCACGGUAAAGAAAGACGGUAUUCGUAAGAGACGAUUCGCACAAAUUUCUACCAAGCAUGCUCUCUCUACACCCUACAGUCUUCAAUGGUAAGAUAUAUUAUACGUUUACUAACAUUACUGAUUUCUUGAUUGACAAAAUAAACUUACUGUUUGAGAUCCCAUUCAGCUUGUAUAUCGGACCACCGACUGGGGUUAAGUAGAGAUUUCUCAUUCUUAAAAGAGAAAUUGCCUCGUGAACUAAUUUAAAAGAUAAAAACUAGUCCCUUAAAAUAUAGGGUUUGCAAGCAUUAUUCAGAAAUCCUAGUCAGUACACUUCGAUUUAAGUAGACAAGGCUGCUCAUUUUUUAUACUCUGAUCUGCAUGGAUGAUUAUCCAGCUUAGUUUUUUUCAUUAUAACUUAGCAAGCAUUUUAAGGCUUUAGUCAGGCAUUUUCUGAUAUGUUCAAGGGAAAAAAAAGCUAAGUAAAAUAAAAUAAAGUAAAGAAAGUUCAUCUGGGAUAAAUUUCACAAGUUCUAAUCAAAUUACUCUCUUCUCAUAACCUGGUUGCUUGAAAAUGGUUAAAAAAUUUAAGAGAAUAUAGAACUCAAUCACUGUAGAGGUGAAACAACUGACUGAUCAGGAUGCUCAGGUGGUACUUCUAGUUACCAUGGAUUUAUACAGCUUGUUUGUUGAAUAUCAAUUUAUUUCAAGUUGUUUGAUCAAUUUGGUAGGGGAAUUAGUGAUUUUUUAUCUGGGCAAUAUUUGAUUAUAGAUUUUUAUGAAAGUUAUUCCACCAAUAUGAUGAAAAAUUAACGUGUACUCAAGCAGCCUAUGUGGCUGCUGGCACCUAAUUUUUGCUCUUGGGCGACAAGAAAAAGUACUGGGCUCCCUUCAAUUUUUCAUAGAGGGCAGCCUUGAAAAAUAUGGUACUUUUGCUGACUUUAUUUUGUAUGUUUUUUAAAGGACAUUUAAAUAAUAGGCAAUCAAAUAUUUUGUUAUGUUGUAUGAUCAGUUGACAUUUCAUAAAAUUUAUUAUCAUAAAUUUCAGUUGACUGGUGGCAUUGUUUGACAAUUGGGUGCGUUGCUAAGGAAUCUGGUUGUAAUUUGAAUGAGUUUCACUACUUGUGACACAUCAUUACUGAAUAGGAGCAGGCCAGUUCUUCUAAUGAAAUAUUGCCAUAAGAAAACAACGAAAAGUCAUUCUCAAUACAAUUUAUAUCCAUUAGAGUUUAACUGAACUUGACUUGUAUUCAGCAUAUUAUUUGUGGCAGAUUGAUGACAAAGUUUCAAAUUGGAAAAUGUGACUUGUAUGUGAGGUUCAAAUUUAUCCUUGGUUUAUUUUAUUAUUUCCGUGCAGACAUGUUUGUGCUGCAUACAUGGUGGUGUAUGAUAAAAUAAAGAAAAAUAAUAAUAAGAAAAACUUAAAUUGAACUGCAAAACAUCCCAACCUAGUCACUUUUCACUUCUAAUAUUUCUGAACUGUGAAGAAAUUCUCUAAAUUCUAUAAAAACUUUGUGGUGCUUGCUUUGAGAGUCAUAAACUGCAACUUUUAUUCAUAUAUUCCCAUCCAAGUCAUCUUCACUAAAAUUACAGUAUACAUCAUGUGGAACCCUGCUAACAUGACACAAUACUUGGGGCGUGGGGCAUGAAAUUUAUAGUUUGGUCAUAUCAAUGGCGUUGAUACUAAGUAUCAAUCUAGUAUUUGAUAGCAAGCAUACCAUCUUGCAAUUCUCAAUGUCAAUGUGCCUGGCUAUGAUGCUAUUGAUUGUUUGAAUGGUCUUUUUUUACAUUUCAUCUUUGGUUGACAUUCAGCAUAAAGACCUUUGAUAAAUGCAGUUGAACCUCAAUUAAGCAACCAUCCUUGGGGUACCAGCAAAAAAGGCUGGUGGCUCAAUAGAGGAAUGUCAUAAUUGAGCAUAAUUUUUGCAGAAACAUCGCUUUACUUUGAAGCAAAAAUGUGACGGGAGAAGCGUUACUGUUCAACUAUGGCCAAAAGGUAGCCACAGCCGCUUUAUAGAGGUUUAAUUCCCCAUUCUUUUCUGCAUUUAUUUUGGGGCGUUGAUUACUGGCCACUUAAUAGAGGGUGGCUGCUUAAUGGAGGGUCAACUGUAACUGUCUUGAUUAUCUUCAUUAGGCAUUUUAAGAAACAAAUUAACAUGGUAAAAUUGUGAAGGAAAGAUCAACAGGAGAGUCCGAAUGGUAGCUGUUAGGUGUGGUAUACAUGUGUUAUGUGUGGUCUGGAAAGACUAGGAAUGGCUAGGUUUUGAUGGUUUAGAAAAAAAAAUAAUAGUCCCAGUAGAGGACAUGUGCGUACUAGUUAUGAAUAGGCUGUUCUCCAGUAGCCAUAAAAAAGUGCUUUUACUCAGCAGAGCAGUUUAUUUUUUGACUGAUCUUUAUUAUUAAUGUAACUUAAAUAUUGUUUUAUACAGGCCAAAGAUGACACAAAAAGGUGGCAACAAACUGAUAUGUGAUGAGAUUGUAAGGUAUGGCUAAUUAGAGGCAACUCUAAUUGCAAUCAAAUUCUUGUAAAUCUAAAACUGUCAACCCAACACACAGCAUUUUGUGAUGAUACAAAGAAUGGCUGACUAGGAAAUUAUCCCAACAUUUUACAUGUAUAUUAUUUAAUAAUGGGUUAAACAGACUGAGGGACUGGCUGGCUUAAGCUGUUGUUUUGAAAAUGAGAUAGACCUUGAUUUUCCUAGAGCUUUUUUCUAAAAACCCAUUACUGCCAAUGCCUACAUUCUGCUUGAAAGUUCUGAUGGAUAGUGGAAUUCUCAUUAAAACUUGACUGGUGUGGCAAGCCAGUUCUGACUAACGUAGUGUUGAAUCCUGGGGGAGUACUCAACAAAUUUUUAUACAGGGAGGUUCCGCUUCAAGGUCCAACUCCUUGUAUUGUUGUUGUAUUCUUUUACAAAUAAUACCAUUUUUGACAGAAAUGGUACCCUUUCAUACUUUCUUUUGACAAAUGAUAACCCUUUUUCAUGCCUAGUUUUGAACUUUGCAUCUCUUUUAACUGCUAUGAAAUGCAAUGUCUUUUAGUUAUGAACAAAUUACAAUCCUAGAAUGUUUCUCGAUGUUUUCACAACCACAGAAUGCAUCUUUCUACAGACCAAAAUGACAGAUUAAUUUCCCUACCUUUUCGUACACGGUAUUUCCUCGAGUAAUAACCGGGGGUGAUUAUUGAUUGUUCGCGUCAAAAGAGAGCGAUUAUUCGUGGGAAGGCAAUUAUUUGAAGGUGGCGAUUAUUUCAAAUAUUUCUCACUGGAAGUUCUGCCCUAAAUAUUUCGUUGUAUUUUCCCAUUAAAUCAAAAAAAUUAUCACUUCAAAUAAACUGAACAUGGGCUUUUAGUGUUCCAAAUUUGGUUCCUUCAUUAAUUUUCAGUGCUUGAACCAUCACUGAUCAGUUUUGCUGGAUCAGAUUCCACUUCAACUUGACAGGGAGGGGAUAAAAGAAAGAGAAGAUGGCAAGAGGGGAGGGAGGGGGGAUUAUUCAGGGGAGGCGAUUAUUUUAUAUAUUUCCAUCAAAGGGGGGUGAUUGUUCGAGGCAGGCAAUUAAUCAAGUGAUGGCUAUACAGUAAAAUACGGUACUUCAACUAGUAUAAUCUCUACCACUUCAUAUAUACCUGAGGGCUGAAAAAGGUACCUCUUUUGGGCAGAGCCUAGAGCUCUGUAUAGGCCAUUAUAGGAAGUACCCCCUGGGCGUUGAAUGCUACACUUUGAUUGAAUUGUGCUUUGUCUAGCUGGUGAUGAUGAAGAGAAUAAAAUGACAGGAUGUUAUUAUUUCUUCUUCAGAACCCUAGAGCCUCUUCAGUUUCAACAGCUUUGCACUAGAAUGCCGACAGCUGUGGCUGGAGAAAAUGAGGAAACAGCAGCUAGAAGAUUGGAGGAACAGAAAGAAAGAGCAAAGAAACUAGAGCAACGAUCUGCUCUUGAAAUUGGGCUCAAUCAAGUAAUGAGAGCACUAGAAAAAGGGAGUCUCAGAUUAGUGCUGGUAAGUUUGUCAUUUCAAAGCAAAUAAUAUUGAAGUUGUGACCGCAUAAGCACUUUCCACAAAAGUGUAUGUUACUUGAAAAUUGAUCUAAAGUCACGUCAACAAUCAGGGAUAUCACUAAGAUUUCAAGUUGCUGGGUAAAUACAACAAGUAGGCAGGGAAUUAAACAGCUAAGGAUUUCUUUUGGUUCUAUUAUUCUUCUAUUUUCUCAUGAAAGUAGCCAGGGGCGACAUUCAUAAGAGCUGGCGGAAAUCACCAGCCUCUUAACAACAGCCCUGAAUAAUAUCUAUAACUUAAAGUGCUGCAACUGUGAAGCAUCAUACUUUCAUUGUCUCACAGUUUUAUCUGUACAAAGAUUCUUAAGCACUUAAAGAAGCUGUGUCCCGGCUGGCUAGUUCAUCCUCUUAAAAAUGCCAAUUACGCUUCCUGGUUUGCUAUGGAACUACUUGAGAAAUUACUUCCUAAUGAGAAAAAUAUCACAGUUUCAUGUCAAUCAAAUACGUCUCCAAGCAUUAUAUCAAACAUGUAAAUAACAAGCAAGCAUUUGAAAAUUCUGUUAGUCUUCAGCAAGUUUCAAAACAUCACAAUUGCAGUCUGUUUCAAUCUUCUCUGAAUAUUUUGAGUGGUUAUUUUUAUGUUUCAGUCACCCAGUUUGGUGGCAGUUCCUACUCUUUGAAUUAAUGUUUUUGAUAAAUAAUUUAUCAAAAACAUUAAUUCAAACUGUAGGAACUGCCACCAAACUGGUGGGAUUGGAACCUUACCAUUAAUUACUUGUAAAAUAUAACUAUUACAUCUGUUUGUAAGAAAAGCAUUUAGUUUUUGAUUUGCAAUUCACCCUUCAAUUCACACUUCAAUAAUGAGCAUGGUCUUUUAAGGCAACAUUGCCCCAUGUCUAUCUAGGUUGCUGGCUCAUCCUCAGUGUAAGAACCUGUAAAACACAUGAGUGACGUGAAGCAAAGGAAACAAAGAAUAGAACCUAGGAAAGCAAAAGGUGUUAAACAAAGAAAAAGUUCUUACAGGUUCUUACAUAGAGGUAAACCCAGGUUGAUGGAUCAAUGGAGCCCACUACAAACAUUACCAUUAAUUGAUUUUAAGCGAGCAUGACCCCAUGCAUGUCUCUCUAUGUUGAUGGAUCAAUGAAGCCUACCAUGAAGUUACCAUUAAUUCAUUUGAAGCCAACAUCAUCCCAUGUCUAUCUAUGUUGAUGGAUCAAUGAUGCCUACUACAAAAUUACCAUUAAUUCAUUUGAAGCCAACAUUAUUCCAUGUCUAUCUAGGUUGAUGGAUCGAUUAAGCCUACUACGCUGUUAGAGCACCUACUUGUACUGUGUGUAACACGCAAUACUCCUGCCUGUGCACUUGUUGGCAUGGGAUUGUCUGUGAUUCCAAAGUUAUUAGGGGUCCGUAGAGUUGCAGCCUUUGGAUUCAAGGUAAACUUGCUUCUUGUUCUCUAUUUUUUUUUUAAGACUCUGAACACGGGACUCAAAUAGUGAAAUACACUUGUAUUUUAGUAUUUUUUUUAAGUGGAAACUCUCUUUAUGGACACUCUUGUAAGCAGACACCUCUCCUUACAGCUCAUAAUUUAUCAUAACCCUGGCUCAUAAUCCUGUUUUUCUCAACUCCCUUUCAAACUCUCUAUUUUUACAUUCCUGUAAGCAGCCAGCUCCAGUUACAGACACCUUUUUCACAUCCUGAGGGAGUCUGCUCACAAGAGCUUCUACUGUAUUACAUUUUUGGGUUCAAAAUUCUAUACUAUAACAAACUAACCACUGAGACCUCUUCAGCAGUCCUUGAUACUUUUAUUUGCUUUUCUUUAGUGUCCAUUUUUAUAAAAUGAAAUUUUCGUUUUUUUAUUAUUAUUAUUUUAGCUUUUGGGGGGUCACUUCUAGUGAUAAGAAUGGAAACAGUAGUACAGUAAUCUAUUUUAUUGGAAUUUGUUUUAAAUAACAACUUACAAGUAAAUACGGGUACCUUUUCUAUUGCUAUGGUACAAGCUACAUACAGGUUUGUGCAAGUUAUGGAACGUACAUCUUAUGGUUAUCAGAUGUGAAUAUCAUUGAACGUGUUCAGAAAUAAAAAUAAUGCAAGGAAGAAAAUCACAGUUUAAGAAGCCACUUAUUUGAAAAGAAUGCCUGAAAUAUUUCAGGCUUGCUGGCAUGCAAACUCUAACCUCUGCAAUACCAGUGCAGCGCUUUAACCAAUAUCAGCUAGCAAGCCAACUGGGAGCUGGCCAUUUAACUGCUUCGUUUCCCUUAAUGUACCUUAUUUCCCCCGCCAAAUUUUGCAUAGCCUUUGUUUUUCAUUUCUCCUGGGUGUUACCUCUGUCCCAAGAGAAAUUGAAAACAAUGCUUAUGCACAAUUUUGAGUGGCAAAUAAGGUACGUUAUGGGAAAUGUGGAAGUGGCAUAAUUAUACCCAGGAAAGAUGAAGAUGAAAUGAUGAAUAUACAUGCAGAGCACUGGAUGGCAGUAUCACAGAGUUCAGGGCUCAAAUCCCAGCAAGCAUGGAGUUUUUCAGCUUUUCUUUUUGCAACUAGAUAGAUUGCAUAUUUAACUAUGAUGGUCUUCUUGGCAUUUAUUUCAUUCCACAGUUCCAAUAUAUGAAAUUCAUAUGUUCAUGUUUUGGACAUGUUCAGCAUCACAUAUAUAUGUGAGGUAAUAAGUGAGGAUUCUGACAAUUUUAUGUUAUUUUCAGCUCACUGAUAAACCUACAUUGUUUGAUGAGCUGGUUCAUUUUAUCAAAGUUAGAAUUCCGCCGCUCUAUGUACCUUGGUUGCAACCCAGUAAGGAUGUAAGUGAGCAAUCAGAAGAGGCUUAUCAUGAAGUUGAUUCUGAGGAUGAAAAUUUGCCUGGCAUUGAGGAAAUGCAAGAAAAACCACGAAAAAAAGUUAGAAAACUAACAAAGAAUGCAGAAGAACUGAAUACACAACCUGCAGUGGUAAGAAAUGUUGCGGUUGACACUGAAAGACUCGCAGAGAACUCAGGGAUUGCAUUAGAGUACACAGAAAACCCAAAAGCGAAUACUCCAGUAGGAUUAGAAAACACAGGACAACCAGGAAAAGAACAGCUACCAGACGAGGAACUAAAGGAAGUUCGUGGUACCAUUGAUAGUCCAACUCCUGGUUUCAAAAGGGAUAGUACUGUGCCCGAGAAUGAAAACAUAGAAAAGAAAAAGAGAAGAAGAAGAAACAGAAGAAACAAGGGGAAAAAACAGACAAGUGAGGCACCAAUGCAACUGGUGUAUCUUAAACCCUGUAUUAAAAGUUUUGACACUACACCUAAAGACAAAGGAGACCAGACAAAGUAA